AUGCUCAGGAGCUUCUGUCUCCAGCUCAUGUCCUUGGUUUGGAUCCUCUUGGCCCAUCACCAGCUUGCCCAAGGUGAUGACUGCAGCGAGCGCUGUAAUCUUGCCCACGGCUGCUGUGACCAGGAUGGGAAGUGCAGGUGCGAUCCAGGCUGGGAGGGCGAGUACUGCGAGGAGUGCGUGCGUAUGCCAGGCUGUCUCCACGGGACGUGCCACCAGCCUUGGCAGUGCAUCUGUCACACCGGCUGGGCCGGCAAGUUCUGUGACAAAGACAUACACAUCUGCGAACACCAGUCCCCAUGCCAGAAUGGGGCUCAGUGCAUCUAUGAUCGAGAUGGGGAAUAUUCCUGCCUGUGUCCAGAAGGCUUCCAUGGGAAGGACUGUGAGAUGAAGACGGGGCCAUGUGAGAAGGCAGGGUCUCCGUGCAAGAAUGGGGGUCAGUGUCAAGACGAAAAUGGCUUUGCCAGCAACUUCACCUGCCGGUGCCUCGCUGGCUUUGUGGGGACUCUCUGUGAGAACGACGUGGACGACUGCCUGAUGCGUCCCUGUGCCAAUGGUGCCACCUGUCACGACGGGAUCAACCGCUUCUCCUGCCAGUGCCAGGUGGGCUUCGAAGGGCGUUUCUGCACCAUCAACAUCAAUGACUGCGCCAGCCAGCCAUGCAAAAACGGGGCAAAGUGCUACGACCGCAUCAAUGACUAUGACUGCCUGUGUCCCGACCGUUUCACUGGCAAAACCUGUGAGAUCUCCGUCCCUGAGCCCACCUGGGCUCCCCCGUAUCACCCUGCGAACCAUGAGAACGGCGGGGGUGUGAAAAGCACCACCAGCGAGAUGCCAGGGGUGACGCAGCCGGAGCCUGUCAGGACCGCGGUCACAGGGCGGCGCGUGGCCAACCACAGCGAGAAGGAGCUGGGGGGAGGGUUGUUGAAAAUCUCUGUGAAGGAGGUGGUGACCCAAAGGGACUCGGGGCUGAGCGAAGCCCAGCUAGUGACAGUGCUGGUGUUCGGGGUACUGACAGCAGUGCUGGUCCUCAUCACCGUCCUGCUAAUGCUGAGGAACUGGCAGAGGGGCCGUCAGAGGUCGAACUGGUGCCAAAGCCCUUCUCAGGCUGCAGGGAAGCUCCAGGACCAGGAGUGUCAGGUGGGCAUGCUCAACACCGUCCUGAUCGAGCCCAGGAAGACAACGGAGCUGUGA